AUGGUAUCUCCCCUGCCAGGUAAGUAUGAGUUGGGGAAGGCAAGACCGCCGGCGCUGCAAGGGUACACCUCAACGAGCAUACGGAGACCUUUUUCCCUGGCCAACCCACCCACCCUCACCCCCAUUUGGACAGGCCCUCGCCCCCUUCACGGCAAGCGGGCUCAACGGCCAUCGGCGUUCCGUGAAACCAUGCUAGCGCGUUUACAUACGGAGGCCUCGCCCAUACUGACAGCCAGGCAGCCAGGCAGCCAGCCGCUUCGCAACCGGCGACCCUCGUUAGCAUAUCAAUCGGCCCGGGGGAAACCGAUGCUAGGUCAGGGCUGCGCUUUCAAAACCCACUUGGCUGCAGGCAGGGCCCAAAGAGCUGAUUCGGAGUGGAGGGCCUUAGCCUUAGCUUUGGGGAUGGGGGGAACAUUUGGAUUCCUCUCCAGAUCGGGUCGACCCCAAAAGCUUCCUCUUAAGCUUUGCUUGGUGCGUCGCCACCUGGUGGUCAACUGCAGAAAUGGCCCGGAAAAGGGCCAGCGAAGCUACGCGGCGAAGGAUGCCUGUCCCGAGCUCACGGAACUCCCGACGGAAGCGCCCGUGGCAAAAAGGACCUUUGGAAGCCGGGACCUGUCCUUUGCUCCGACCUGUUGCUACACCAUCUACUUUUUGCACGGGCCAGAUCAGGGGAAAGCGCGAACGCAGUCCCCCACUACCAGAAAUUAUGCAGUCGACUUUCCCGCAUUUGGGGAAAUCGCAGGGGUCAGCACGGCCGGAGUGCAAUGGCUGAGCCUCGCCCUGGGAGAACCACCUUCGUGA